AUGGGAAGCAUUUGUAAACAAUAAGCUCAACAAUCAAUUGAAAUUCAAAAUGAAGUCAGACUCUCCAAGGGCUCCGAGAAAAAGGACCUAAUCAAAAGAAACACUGAGACUUCGGGAGGAACUUUGUAGUAUAAUCAAAACAGCACCAAGCAAUUCUCUGUCAGAAAAGACCCUCUGGCUAGUUACAUGAAUGAGAGUCUGAGUGAUUCUGACUCAGAUUCAGAGCAAAGCAAACCGAAUCAAUAAGUCUUCACCAACUUCGUUACUUUUUAAGCACUCCCCUCCUAAAAAUAAAUGAUACCCAAAUUCGAAGUGCUUAAAGAUUAGUUCAAAAAUGAAAUGCUCUAAUAAAUGAGUCUGCAGCAACAGAGAAAACAAUUUUGA